UUGACGCCAACCCCCUUGCAUGUAACCCCCUCAGCAGCCAUCUUCUCUAAGCCCUCGUCGAGAACAGGCCGUGAUGGUACGUACGUGUCAGGAUCAGUGGCUCUUUCUCUAUCGUCUCUGGCCCCCCAAUACGUGCCAUGGCUUCCCAUGGUUGGGUUGACAGCGGCGUGGGUGUACGCGCAGAUCCCCUGCGUGGUCAACACUCAAUGCCUGCUUCGCCAAUCUAUGGAAAGACAAGCUACGACCAGCAGCCGGGGGCGGGCUGCAAGGCGGCAGGACAUCGGAUCCGGGCGGCUGGGGCCUUCUAGCGAGUGGGCGCCACGCCUGGCAAUGGCCUGAGCAGUCGACAGCGGCAUGCGUUGGGCGCGGGAGACUGGCCAGGAGUGCUCUCCGAUACAGUGCAGGGGAUCUGGAUAUCGUAGUUUGACUUUUGUACAUCCAUAGUGUUGCAAUCCAGUACCACAACAUUCAUACCUUAUCCUCCUCGAAGCCAGCUGUCGAGCA